AUGUAAUGUGAAAAAGAUUGUGUUGGGGAGUUGUAUAAGGUUUUGGCCUUAUCCAAAGAGGUUGAUGAAGUCGUCCUCCCUUUCCUCUUAAACUAUUUAAAAAAAGAGAGAAUUUAAGACUGCCUACUAUUUCUCUCGUAAGAUCAAAACAAAUUCCUUUUAGAUAUCGAAAGUUAAAAGGUAGAAAACUAAUCUCAGCUUGAGAAAGAAUAGACUCUUAAUGGAGAGAAGAAUAUCAAGAGAAUAAUGGAUGUUCUCAAAAAAGUUAGGGAUCAUGACUUUAAUACACAAGAUUACUCUAUGAAUGAUUAUGAAGAAUUUAAAAAGGAUCUAAUCACAAAAAUAUGA